ACUAAGAACACUGGAUUUUGGCCCCGACCGCGGAACAGGUUCAUCGUCGUCAACGCCGUCAACUCCUGAGAAGAGAGAAAUUUUCCGAACUAAGAGAAAAUGUCGAGAUCGCGGAUCUGCACAGCAUUGGCAAUCGUAGCUCUGUUCUUCUCGGCGGCCUUCGCCGACGAUGUCGUCGUUUUGACUGAAGAGAACUUCGAGAAGGAGGUCGGCCAAGAUCGCGCAGCUCUCGUCGAAUUCUACGCUCCUUGGUGUGGGCACUGUAAAAAGCUAGCCCCUGAAUACGAAAAGCUUGGUGAAAGUUUCAAGAAGGCAAAGUCUGUUCUUAUUGGAAAGGUGGACUGUGAUGAGCAUAAGAGUCUUUGCAGCAAAUAUGGAGUUUCUGGGUACCCCACCAUCCAGUGGUUUCCUAAGGGGUCUCUCGAGCCAAAGAAGUAUGAAGGUGCACGAACGGCAGAGGCCCUUACUGAGUUUGUGAACACUGAAGCAGGAACAAAUGUUAAGCUUGCUGCAAUCCCUUCAAAUGUUGUGGUAUUAACUUCUGAAAACUUUGCCGAGAUUGUCUUGAAUGAGAAAAAGGAUGUCUUGGUUGAGUUUUAUGCACCAUGGUGCGGUCAUUGCAAACACCUUGCUCCAACUUAUGAAAAGGUUGCAACUGCAUUUAAAUUGGAUGAAGAUGUGGUCAUUGCUAACUGUGAUGCUGACAAGUACAAGGAUCUUGGAGAGAAGUACGGUGUAAGUGGUUUCCCCACAUUAAAAUUCUUCCCAAAGGGAAACAAAGAUGGUGAAGAUUAUGAAGGUGGCCGAGACUUGGAUGACUUUGUAAACUUCAUUAAUGAGAAGUGUGGCACUAAGCGUGAUGCAAAAGGGCAACUUACUUCUAAGGCUGGGCUGGUUGAAGACCUGGAUAAAUUGGUGAAGGAGUUUUUGACUGUUAGUGAUGCAGAGAAGAAGGCAGUACUUGGUAAAUUGGAGGAGGAAGUUGAGAAGCUGUCAGGUUCUUCUGCAAGACAUGGCAAGAUAUAUGUAAAAGUUGCCAAGAGUUGCAUGGAUAAAGGAGCUGACUAUGCCAAGAAUGAAAUUCAACGGUUAGAACGCAUGCUCGCCAAGUCAAUCAGUCCAGCAAAGGCCGAUGAGUUCACCCUAAAGAAGAACAUACUUUCCACCUUCGCUUGAUGAAGUUUCCUUCGGUUAGUCGCUUUUGGCAUCUGUAAUUUUGGUUACUGGAACCACCUUCACGAAUUUCAGGAAUAGACCGUGCCGCACUUCUUUGGUACCCAUGUAUAAUGCCAAUUUUUACUAUUGAGCUUCUUUUCCUUUGACAGUAAACAUAGGAGUAGACCGUUUUAUGUUUCCUGUUCUCUCGCUUAAUCAUGGUUUAUGAAUGAAAACACUCAGGAAGCUUAGUAGUUUA